ACGAUACAUGCAGCUAGCUCAAGGGAAAGGCAGAGACUCCUUGCUAGCUAGCCAUGGCCUUCUACUAUGCAAUAGCAUUGCUUGGCAUGCUUGCUGUCUUCUCCUCGUGGGGGAAUGCACUCGAUGACAAUAUGCUGAAAACCACGGUAUACAUACAACAGCUUCCCUACCAAAACCAGAGAGGUGUAGCAGAAGGUACGGCAGUAAUUAGCUGGUACAUAAAGGAUGGGCCAGGUGCUUCUGCGAAUACAAUCGGGCAUGCGGAGGGCCUGGUAAUCUUGACAGAUAUAGCCAGGUCUUCGUGCCUAAUCACUACGGACUUGGUGUUCGACGGUGGAAGCCUCGCAGGGUCCUCACUUCAAGUGAUGGGGCAGCAUGAGUCUUCAGGCCAGUGGAGCAUUAUGGGCGGCACUGGACAAUUUACCAUGGCACGAGGUGUUAUAGAGUACAAAACAAUCCAACAGGACAGUAGCAGCAGGACCUUUGAAAUAUGCAUAUAUGCAUACUACACUCCCAUGAACCGAUGGAAAGCCGGUCUGGCUUUAGGUGACACUGGCCGUAAACCUUGAGGACUACGAUCGAGAUUCAUAUAAACAUUUAGACCAUCGUCCAUGUGUAUGUGCGCGCGCCAAUGCAAGGAGUGACGUACGGCAGCCAGAUCUACAAUCUUUUUUUUAUGCUUCAUCCAAUAAUAAAUGAACCCCCACUCCCUUAUUCAGUUAUUUCUGUCUCAUGCAUGUUCCCCUUGUCUCAACAGUGGUCAUCAAUAAGACGUGUCUUCGGUGGAAAGAUAUUAAUUGUAGGAA